AUGCCCAUAAACUUCACUGUGGUUCCUGUAGAGGAUGGCGGGGCCGGGAAGUCAACUCUCGAAGGUGUGUUUAGUGAGGAAGAUGAGGAAGACAUUUCUCCACGACGACCCUACUCAGGUGAGGGCCCACGCUGUUGACGUUGUCAUGACAGGCUCAGACAAGCAGAGUAGCUUCAGUAGAACAGCUGAACAUGUUGACUUUAACUUAGCUUUGGGACACAACAUUCCUCAGGGAGUUCAACCAAUACACAGACUCCCAAUGUUGUGUCCCAAAGCUAACUGGCCCUUGACUUAAAGAAUUCUGAUAUGAUAUAUUGCUUUGUUUGUUUGUUCAUUUUUCUGUGGUCUAAGGAGACCGAAUAUACUUUUUCCGACAAGAUUGAACUUUUGAACUUUUUGUAAUUCUGACAAGAAAUCAACUCCUGAGAUCAAAAACUAGUGAGGGCUUUCUGAGAUCUUUCCUCUUGCUCUCUCUCUCUCUCUCUCUCUCUCUCUCUCUCUCUCUCUCUCUCUCUCUCUCUCUCUCUCUCUCUCUCUCUCUCUCUCUCUCUCUCUCUCUCUCUCUCUCUCUCUCUCUCUCUUUCCCCCUCUCAAUCUUUCACUCACUCAACUCAUUCACACAUAUCUUUCUCCCUCUUAAUGUGAAAUCAAUAUGGAUAGUAGUCUGUUAUCUUUAGAGGUUUCUCAGCCUUACAUUCCACAGUGGCAGUCACUGCCAAAAUGCCUCUCCUCUGUCAAGUAUUAACUUGCUGUAAACCAGUAGAACUCCAUUGUUCUCUUCCUGUUGGAAGGGAGAGUGGGUUAGGGUUAGUUUAUUGGAAUGUCACAGACUGACUGUCUGCUCUUUACUGCUGUAACUAUACUAUUUUAGUAUUUGCACACAACAUCAUUCUUGUAAAACCGUAGUAAUUUCAGAUUCUGAGGUGUUUUUUCACUUGUGUAGCUUUAAAAAACAAAUUUAUUGAGGAAAGAGUCCUUUUUGAUUGUCUCCCAAUUGUUGCUGCAGCACACAUGUGCUGCUGUCAGCCCUCACUGACUUUGUAUGGAAAGGAUAUCUAUUCACGGGGGAUUAUAUAACCCAGAUGUUUGUUUGUUGGAGUGUGUGGAUGUGUAUGUGCUUGCGUGGGUGUCUGCCUGUGUUUUUCCGACCAAACUCUUCCCACAUGAAAAAUACUGUAGUAUUCACUGUAGUGUUUUUGCUGACUUUACUUUAGUAUUUACUGUAGUGUUUGGGACAUGACUGUAGUAUACUGUAUUAUUUACUGUAGUGUUUUGCGUACAUGACUGUAGUAUACUGUACUUUUUACUGUUUACUAUAGUAUAAAUACUAGUAUUAAAAUAGUCAAUUACUAUAGUAUAUACUCUAGUUUCUUAUGUUUUUGUGGACAUAACUGCCAUAUUUACAAUAGUGUUUUUAUUUGAUAAUUUUUGACAUAGAAGUGGGGGCUUUCUCCUUGAGGAAACCUACUGGACAAAUAGUAAAAGAGCACAUUUUCCAUAACCUGAACAGAUAGUUCAAAGCUUCUGCUCUUUUCUAUAACCUGUAGGGAACACGAUAUAUGGUCUAUACUUGGCAUGUAGGUUUCUCACUCAUGGGUGGCACAAAUUAGGAGAUGGGGGAUGGGAAUGGGUGGGGAAUAUGGAAAGUAAAUACUGUAGUAUUGCUAUAGUUAAAAAGCUGUAGUGUUUUUGCGGAAACUACCUGAUGCCUAACGUUGUAGAAUUUAAUAUAGUAUUCUACAGUAUGCUAUAACAUUAUAUGGAUAGUACUACACAUGAUUAAGGGAUACUACAGUGUGUAGUACAGUAUUCUACAGUAUACUACAAAAUUCUAUAGUAAGUACCACACAUGAUCAAGGGAUACUAUAGUGUGGAGUAUAGUAUUCUACAGUAUACUACAGUUUACUACAUAAUUCUAUAGAAUUCUAUAGUAAGUACUAUACUAUUCUGUAGUAACCUGUAGUAUUUUUUAAUGUGGGUUAUGCCUAUUUAUUUUAGUCCCAUUGAGACCAAGGUCUCUUUUGCAAGGUAGCCCUGCAUCUUACAAUAACACAACAAAUUACACAUAGGAAAUACACCAGAAAGAAUACCCCAAAGAGAAUGCAAAAAUACAAAACACACUCAAGAAAAGCAAUCACAUUCAUCAACAAAGAGGUCCUCAAUCAACACUGAAAUGCCCGAAAGGCACCAGUACAUCCAAUUGUAGGGAACUCUGAAGAUUGUUUCAUACAUGGGAUGGGAAGAAACUAAAAGUCUGAAGCAACAGACAGAAUUUCCAGAGUUAGCCAUCCCUAUGAUCAGGUAGCUAUGGUAACUCCUACUUCUAUGGGCUUUAUAAAUGAAUGAAAUGCAGUGUUUCGUUUUACGCAACGUCAAAGAGGGCCAUCCUACUUUAUGAUUGAGCAAGCAGUGAUUUGUUACUUUCCCUCUGGCCAGUUGAGUUAAGUGAGUUUAGCUUCCAGCUGCCACCACUGCUGCCUGAGUGGGGAUAUGAGAUAUUAGAAUACAAUCUUGGCAUCACAAAAUGGUAAGGAGGGUUCAGAGAGGUCAGGAGCAGUACAAAAGGUCAGAGGUCAGUGGGGAAGGUAGAACUAGUACAUGUGUAUUAUCAUUGUUGUCGUAAAAUUCAAUGGGGUUUACAGUACUUGGUUUUUGGCAAUUGUAGUGCCCAUUUGAGUAAAGUCAAACACAAACCUUUUUUUAAAACUAAGAACAGGUGCCUUCAUUUAGAACUGGCUGCAGAUAAACAUUCCCAGUGUCACUGAGAGUGGAGCUGUUAACCUUUCUGGCUGCUGUUUGUAAAGGCAGUAUGAGUCACACAGGACACACAUAAGGGAAGGCAAUGGGCUGUGGUCACUUUUGGGCUGUAGUCAGCAGUAGGAAGGCUCCACUCAGUCCCAGAUAACCAGCUCUAUCUGUGUUACAUCAUGUGCUCUCCUCUCUGUUCUCACGCCUACAGUACCUGUACUCACACAGUGCUGGCUCCACAAAAUACAUCCAGUAUAAACAACGUUUUCCCAAAUGGGCUGCCUCAGGGUCAGGUUUCACAGCAUUGUUUGUUUCUUUAACUGACAUAGUUGGUCUCUCUCCCUGAAAUGCACUAAAUACUGUAUACUGUCCAUAAAGACUUUUUAGUUUUGUCAUAAAACUUUACUUCACUAAAGUCAUAAAACCUGUGGGCCAAUUGCAACCAUUGAAAGCCACCAGAUUAUUGCCAGCUAAUCUCUCGUUAAACCAUCAAUACAAUCUAAAAUCACUCGCACAGCUGAUCUCAAUUGCAACCAACAUUGGCCAGUAAUUUACCACUCCUAACGUGGAUGUCGAGGUUAUCUUUUAGUCUUGAUUGCAGCAAAAACAUUUUUACAACUAUUUCGCCCUCUGGUGGGUAUUAUCAUCGGAACAACUUAGUCCUACUUUAUGAGCAGUCUAAGGGCGAUUUAUCUAUUUGACAAUCAUUCCAUUCAACUGAAAUUAAGUAUUUCCUCAUUUACUGAAGUAAUUUACCCAACACAUUGUAUGAUGGAAAACUAUUGUUGAUGGUGUAGCCUACUCUUAUUAUUUAUUUGUUUUCAAGUUAUGUAAUCCAUUAAAUAUAACUGUCUUUAAAAGGAAAUGGUCUGAUAUGGUCCUUUCUUAUCAAGAUCGGGGGUCAGUCCAUACUUGAAAUGUGUAACUAAAUCAACUAAAUCAUGAUUGAGUUAUAUAAUCUAUAUAUUUUUAUCAGAUGAAAACGUAGUCUAUAAAGUUAUUUCGAAUGGCAUAUAUUAUAUUAUUUUGCCAUUUAAAGUGAAACGUUUUAAUGAAAUAUAGGCCUACUACUUCUAUAAUCUUAUACUCAAAUAAGUCGUUUUUCAUUCAUCAGCCUUACGGUUUCCGAUGCUCCUAAUGGGUUGAUAUUUAAUUGGCGGCGGGAGUAGAGAAUCUAGACCAGCUGUCUGGUAUCAUGAUCACUUGACACUGUAACAACGAGAGAUCAACUGAUCUGCUGGUUUAUCCUUGUGGGUUUUUAGUUGCAAUCAUGCUUAGUUUACCCCGCAGAUGCAUGUAAUCUCCCGUUUUAAGAAAUCUAGUGGUAACCUUGCAGGAGCGUGUUAAGUUCUGCCUGUUGGUUGCAAUCAAGCCUGUAUUUUUAAUCCAGUAUGUAAAUUGCCAAACAUAUUUCAUUCUAUGUUUAUUUCAUUCAGUGAGCCUGAGGCAGUGUGAGUGGCUUGUCUGGACAAGACAGGACAGUUAGCGCUGUAAUUUAUAAUUGUGUUUAUCAAUGAGGAAGAGUUAGGCCUACUUGCUGUUUAGAAAUGUAGGAUGCCUGAAUUUGAGCCACAGAAUCAUGGUAGGCUACAUGCUAAUCAUUUUGACUUAACUUUGCUUCCUGUUCCGAAAACUACCUCCAUUGACAUGCCAAUGAAACUUCAGACAAUUUCAGACUUCCCUCCCUUGGGACUAGGAUGAGAUUACCAUCUGUUGGGCAUUUCUGUUUUUCUGUGUCGGUCUUCCUAGAGAGAAGACACAGGGGCCCCUGUGGUUACAGUCAGGCUAACCACACUGUUUGUUUACAAUGUGAUCCUCCAAUCAAUUUCUGUGAGAAAUGUUGUAUCUGCACUGACUUACUGUACGUUCUUAUCCUACAUAGAGACAAAUAUAAGGGCAAGGCAUUCAACAGACAUGAAUGACUGAGGCUGUUGAAAUCCUGUUCACAGGACACUGCGGGCAACACACAGUCAUCCUGAAGCUCCUUAAAGGUGGCUACAAGCUCCACUCCAUCGAUAGAUGUACAUGCAUGUGCAAGGGCAGAGUCAGGUUUUUGGGGCAGCGCGCACUUUUGUCCACAUUGUCGUUGCGUUCCACCAAGGAAGUCUGUCUUGUGUAGCUUACCAAGCAAGAGGGUCUGAGGCACUCUGACUGUAGCUAGCGAUGAUAUUUGAACUUCCAGAUCCAGUGUUAUAUGCCUUUUUGUUGACAAAUACUAGCUAGCUAGCUACAUGUCUGGCUAGUCUAGUGUUCUAUGCUUUACGACGCUACUUUUUAGCCAUAGAAGCAGAUGCAAACAUAUCUCUCUAAGAAUUGCAAUUGCUAAAGCUUGAACAGCGAGAGCUUGAACAGCGAGUUGAACUGCUCUUACUACUCAGGAGGAGAAGAAAAUGAAAACGACUGAGAAAAUGGCAAGUUUGUCCACAGAAGAGGGGACGAUGGAGAAUACAUGUCUCUUGUCCAACCUAUUUGAAACAUUGUCGAGGAAAGACCUUUUCAAUACUUUCGGCUGUCUGUUGCCAGAUUUGACAGCUUGCUUCAGCGGCAUGCCCCUCACAUCUCACACGAGAAAAAUUCACAGCUUGCCCUUAAGUGCUGCAGAAAGUCUGUGACCCUUCUGUUUUUGGCGAGCGGCAGCACACAGCAAAGUUUUGCUGCAAGUUAUAAGCUAGGAAUCUCUACCGUUUGUGCCAUCGUCACGGAAGUGUGCCAGGCUAUCUGGCAUGUCCUGAAGGAGGAUUUUGUUGCUUAUCCCGCCGUGGCAAAAUGGGCAGAAAUCGUCAGAGUUUGGGGAUCAUUGGAAUUAUCAGUUUUGUGCAGGAGCUGUCGACGGAAAAAAUAUUCAGAUCCGAGCUCCAGCAAACUCAGACAGCGAGUACUACAACUACAAGGGCUUUUUCUCAAUAGUCCUGACGGCAGUCUGCGACGCAAAGUACCGCUUCACCAUGAUCAACAUGGUCGCGAGGGAGAUGCGGGAAUCUUCUCACAAAGCAAGUUCGGCUCCCAACUCAUUGUAGGCCAGCUGCCGCUACCAAGGCCAAAGUGCUCGCCGGGGACCCAAACACCGAGCCCAUAUGUCUUUGUGGUAAACCUGAUGCGACCAUAUCCAGGUAAGAUACGCUAAAUACAUGUGACUAUACAUAUGAAGUGAAAAUUAUACCAAUACAGGCAUAAUAAUAUGCCUUACAUAAAAGUGAUCUGGCAUCCCAGUAAGGGGAUGAGGGCCUACAGUAUGUCCAAAGCAUAGGCUACACAGUUGUUACAGUACACAUUUAAUAGCUUUCCUGUUCAAUACUAAUGGAGUACGCUUCUUUUAUUCAAAGGUUCUUCAGGCCUUGAUGACGCCAAGAAGAUCGACAACUACCGCCACUCAAGAGCCAGAAGAAUUUCAGAUAACUGUUUUGGGAUCCUUGCUGGAAGAUGGAGGGUCCUGGGACGAGCCCUUGAGGUUGCCUCCGAGAAAGCUGAGACCAUUGUGAAGGCCUGCGUGGCCCUCCACAACUACAUUUGCACCACAGGCACUACAGACACUGACAACACGGUACAUCCACACCAUGUUUGUUGACCACUCCACACCCACUGGGGACCUGCGUCCAGGAGAGUGGAGACAGGUGGUACAAGGGGACACCAGCUUCCUGUACCCAAGAAAUAUGUCGGCAGACAGGGCAACCAGUGUUGCUAUAGACGUGCGCAACAACCUCGGACUACUUCCUCACACCAGCUGGUCAAGUGUCUUUCCAGGAUGCUGCGAUCACGCGUGGCACCCUACAGUAAUUGUUGGAGUGUGGUUUGUAAAACACGUGCACAUAUGUUCUCUUCCUCUUGUUGAUGACUGUUUUAUAUGUCAUGUUGUGAGCUACACACUUGGUUUUUCUGUUUGGCUUAUUCACACUUUACAAAUCACAAUAAAGUCUACCAUAAUGACAUUCACUUUAUCCUUGUGUUGUUUUAGUUUGUCAUAUAUUUUUUGGAAGCUAGACCCUCAAGACAUUGACCUAACCUUGUGUUAUGUGUUGUGGCCUUUCAAUGAAAGGCUGUCCAGCUGUAGAUAAUAAGGACAGACCCUCGAGACAUGUACCUAAUUAACAUAAUACAAGGUUGUACAUGGUCAUGUCCAAUUGCAACAUCUAUGCCCACACAGAACUGUUUUUAUUUUUUAUUUCCCUCAAACACCAAGUUAGGAAUAGGCUACCUAAUUUCGGAAUAGGCCAUUAGAUCUUCUUGAAUAAUUGUUUUGUAUGCGAAUUAGAGCAGAUAAGUGUUAACAAAUUAUUAGCCUUGUAUUUUGUUUCAAUUAAAGCAUAUAUCAUGCCUAGUCGUGCUCUGUUGAGUUUUGGUACAUUGUAAUUUUUGGGGGACUAUUCAGCUUCAGCUAACCAUACUAAAAUCUCAUUAGAAAUUAGGUAUUUUUGGUGUAACAGUAAUGUUAUAGGCCUACUAUGCUAUGGUAUUAUAUUCGCUUCUGUUAUGUAAAAUGCUAAUGAAUCAUUAUGUGAUCUUGCGAGACAUUGAUUCAGCUUUGAUCUAACUUUACUAAACGAGCACCAUUGUGGGAAGUGAUAAUCUAGGCGUAGGCAACAGAUCUUGAUGCGAUGUAAUUUUAAGGGAUAGGCACGCCUUUCGUUGUGCUGAAAGGACAGCGCCAGGAUCACACAAUGAUGUUAAAGAGUUGAACCAACUUGUGGUGCUAAAGGAUAGCUGAAGCAUAGUUCUGCCUUUCAUUCAGUUCAGGAACAAACAAUAAUAAUUUGCGGUAGGCCUAUAGCGUAUCAAAUCAAUUGACCAAGUAGUGAACAUAUAUAAAUAGUCUACUAUGUAGAAUUGCAGGAAAUUCGUUUUAAACAGGCAUAAAAUUAAGCUGAGACUCAGAUUUUUUUUUACUUUAACCGUAAUUCUGUUAUCAAACUUAGCAUCUGCACUGUGGUUUUUGUUUUCUUUUGUGGAAAUUGUUAAAAGUAGUCCUUAUGCAUAAAGCUCUUGUGAAACGGAGACCUCUUGUGGCAAGGCUCUUCAUAGCAUGGCGUGUCGGAUAGAGCUUUACAUUUACAUUGAAACAUAAGUAGCACCUCAUCUAACUGUGUUCUGUGUAAUUUGAAAUAUGGCAUCAGAUGUGCUGGUCAUCACAACGGCAGACCUUUCAAUGUCACUGUCAGAGGCCCUUCAGUUCCAUGUUAUUUUUAUGCCAGGCAACAACUCAGCAGUCUAUUGACUUUGGUGGGGAUUGCACUUUUCACUUCCCAGAGGAUUGGGUAUACAUGGAUGGAAUAUUACUUCCCAGAGGAUUGGGUAUACAUGGAUGGAAUAUUACUUCAUGUCCUCUGUUUCAGCUCCUCCAUAAUUAUUUUCCUUUGAGCUGUUAAAUGUAAAAAGUACACAAGAUUCGAGGAUUACAUUGCGAACUGUAUACUGUGUACACACUUUUUAUGCUAAGCUAAUAGCUGAGGGGAAUAAACGUGUUUGUGUGUAUAUAUGUGUAUAUGUAUAGGGACAUGCACUAUAAGCUCUUUGAGCUGUGUUUCAGGGCACAGGGUUACAGUAGCUAAAGCUGCACCCUCCCCCUCCCUUCCCCUCUCUACCCCUCUCCCUCCUCUACCUCUCACACCCUCCAGUGAGUGGAUGAGGGGUCAGGAGCGCAGGGGCUGAUGAUGCUCCACUGCCUCCAGACAGGACAGGACAGUAACAGGACAGAGAAGGGAUGUCCACAACUCUGGAGCAGCUGAAUCCCAGGGCACGACAGACACCUGAACCAAAGCUGCUACAGAAAGCUACCUAGUGCAAAACAGAUAUACAGACAUUCAUAGAGAGCUGUGUUACACAGAUUCAAGUCAACUCAGUGGAUAUGGGGCUAGGCAGAGCAGACUGAGGUCUGGAACUACUGAGGUUUACAGUAGCAUACUGGAAGAGAGUUGUGGGACCCCAGCUGCACCUCCCUCCUAGCAUGGAGCGCGAGGAGGGCUCACGACGAUCAGGUGAGCUCAUCUGUGUGAUAAACCCUGUGAAAUAAUCAGCCUCGACAUAUUUGCAUAUUCAUAGUCUGGUCUGUAGUAAGAAUUUUGCUUUUUCUUGUUGUGGAAGCUUUGGUUAAGCCAUCAUCAUGUAUAUGUGUUUGUUGCGUCUGUCCUUGAGUGUUGUAGUUGUUAAUCUGUGGUACGUAUAUCUGUGUUUACAUGAGUGCUGGGGUGGACCCAGGGUUAAAUAUAGGGAUUUGAUAUCUCUCUCUGUCUCUGUGUCUGUGCGUCUUACCUUCAGGCUCAGGUGUGCUGGGCUAGGCAGCUUAUGAAUCUGCCACUGUGGAGGCUUAAUGAGUUAUAAAUAGCUCUCAUUGUCAUUUAUUAUCAUAGAGGCUGCAAUGCUUCACUUAGUUCCUCAUUAGCAAACUACCUGAUGAGAUUGUGUUGUUGUGUGGACGGAUUUUUCAAAUAGUGAAAAUGUCUGUUAAAUCAGCCAAAUGUUUAAUAUUUGAGAAAGCCAGAUUUUGUGAACAUUGGAGUUAAAUUAAGAUAUUCCUAGUGUCUGAGAUUCUUACCUUGAAGUUAUUCACUUAAGCCAAUUAUUCACUUUGGCAAAAUGUCUUAUUAUCGUACAAUUUGACAAGUACUUCUACUGUAUGUUCUGCGCUGUUCAUCUCUGUCAACGGAACAAACAUACUGUAAAUCAAUAGGAUUAUCUCCCAGAAUGAAUGCAUAAACCUGAACCUGUCCACCUCCCUAGAUCUACACAAUGUCAGCUCCCCUUUGUCUAAAGUAUCGAUGUAGCCUGAUAUAAUUGGUUCCUAUUCAUUCCUUGUGUGUGGAAUGAACAGAGCAGACAGCUAGUACAUCGUGAUGGAUGGUUCUACCACUGCCCUCGUCUUCUCUUCGGAAGACUGCCUUGCUUUCCUCAGCCAGGACAUUUUACAAUAGGCUGGCUGUCAAUUGUAUUUAGUGUGCUAGUUUUGCUUUGCCAAACUCAUGCUGUUAGAAACAGCGACCGUGGUAAGAGACUACCCACUGAAAACAAACAGUUUGAAUCAACGUUGUUUCAACGUAAUCUGUCAACGUAUUGUGACGUAGAAUCUACCUGAAAAAAUACAUUGGAUUCGGAAAAAAGUAAUCAACGUAAACUGUUGUCCCAACCACAGGAUUAUGUCAUCAUUGUAACCAAUCUUUAGCAUAGACAAACCUUUGAACCUUUGAAACAACGUCAGAUCUUCACAAUUAUAUCCACUAUAUAUAUAUAUAUAUAUAUAUAUAUAAAACAACUUACUGUAGAGUUGAUCUAUAGCUAUUCAUUUGGUCUCCCAUCCUGUUUUUUUUUUGUAAAAAAAAAAAAAAAAGAUCUUGUCUCAUUGCUUUACACCACUCCAGCCGACGCUUGGCAUUGCGCAUAGUGAUCUUAGGCUUGUGUGCGGCUGCUCAGCCAUGGAAACCCAUGUCAUAAAGCUCCCGACGAACAGUUAUUGUGCUGACGUUGCUUCCAGAGGCAGUUUGGAACUCGGUAGUGAUUAUUGCAAUCGAGGACAGGUGCCACGUUGAAAGUCACUUUGCUCUUCCGUAAGGCCAUUCUACUGCCAAUUUUUGUCUAUGGAGAUUGCAUGGCUGUGUACUCGAUUUUAUACACCUGUCAGCAACGGGUGGGGCUGAAAUAGCCGAAUCCAUUAAUUUGAAGGGUUGUCCACAUGCCUACUGUAACUAUAAAUGUCUUCUUAUGCAAUCAUAGAAACCAUGCAUGUUGAAGAUAGCAUGCAAAUGUCGCUGGUCUGUGGAGAUCUUCACAAUUGCUAUAAUAAUAUGUGCAGAAUCUAAAGGGAGAGUAAUCAUGGUGAUGAUGAGGAGUGCAUAACGAUGGGGAUCAGGUGUGGGAGGACGGCCCCGACGGCAAGGAGCUGGCCGGACAGCGGAGAUGGAAAUCCCGGAUGAUGUUGGGGUCCAGGAUGUCGGCCGCCGGGACCCAACAGCGCUCCUCAGGACCGUACCCCUCCCAGUCUACCAGGUACUGGAGCCAACCCACACAACGUCGGGAGUCCAGGAGGGACCUGACGGCAUAGGCGGGGGUCCCCUCGAUGUCCAGGGGAGGCGGAGGGGUGUCGCAGGGAUGGCACCAGCCAGGGGACCAGGAACCACUGGCCUGAGGAGGGAAAAAUGAAAAGAGGGUGAGAUCCGGUAGUUGUGGGGAGUUGUAAUCGAUAUGUUACCUCGUUGACCCUCCGGAGGACCUUGAAGGGCACCACAAAUCGGGGGCUGAGCUUCCAGCAGGGCAGGUGGAGCAGGAGGUUCCUGGUGGAGAGCCAGACGGGAUUACCAAGAUGGAACACGGACCCUCACUGCGGUGGCAGUCUGCCUGCUCCUCCUGAUGGCGGACAGCGCGCUGGAGCCUCACGUGGGCAGCUUUCCAAACUACCACCGCAGGGGCUUCGGUCUGGCUCGGAGAUCAGUAACAAAAUCUAUGGACAGAUGGGACCAAGGCCGCUGAGGCACGGGAAAGGGAAGGAGUUUCCCUGCUGGAGGGUUCCAGGGAGAUUUUGUUUGGGCACAUAUGGAGCAUGAAUUGACAUAGCGGGCGACGGCCUGUUCCAAGGUGGGCCACCAGUACUUCAUGGAAAUGGUUUGAAUGGUGCGGGUGAUAAAUGGAUGUCCAGCGGCGAGGGAUGUGUGCACCCAGGUCAACAGCCAAUCCCUUACCCCCGUGGGGACGUAGAUGUGCUCAGGAGGGCAGGUAGCAGGCAUGGGUUCCCUCUCCAGAGCCUGGUGGAUGUCCACAUCUAUGUCCCAAAACAAGGGGCCAACGAUAUGGGAAGAAUGAUGGGCUGGAGGGCACCUACAGGACUCUCAACCGACGUGGAAUCACAAUGUAUCCUUGUGCCCAGGCGGUGAUUUUCAUCCUCGACCAGGAGAUGGUGGGGUUAUGACGUUGGAGCCACGGGAGGCCGAGGAUGACUUUGUGUACGGGUGCAGUGAUGAUGAGGAAGAGAAGGCUUUCCUGGUGCUUGGGUCCCACGGUGAGGGAGAGUGGUGCUGUGAUGCGCGUGAUUGUGCCGGAUCCCAAUUGUUGAUUAUCCAGGGCUUGAACCAGAAAAGGAGAGGAGAGCGGGAAUGAGGUGAUGUUCAGGGAGGAGGCGAGGGCCUGGUCGAUGAAAUUCCCUGUGGCACUGGAGUCCACUUGAGCUGAAGAGACAACACCUGAGGGAAAGCCAGCCAGUGAAAUGGAAACCAGAAAGGAUUUGGCGGAAAAAAAUUAUGAAGGAAUACUCACGACUACCCUGGGAGGGAUGAUUACGGGGUCGUCCCUCUUCCCCAGUGGACCUCGGGUUGGGUGGCACCAGACACAGCUGGAGCUGGUGCCCCUCCUGGCCGCAAUAGGAACACAGCCCCAUCUGUCUCCGGUGACGCCACUGCUGCAGAGAGGUGUGUGACCCUAUCUCCAUGGGUUCAGGCUCUGCCUCAGGAAGGCCAAAGGAGGAGGGUGAGGGGCGAGGGAGGUGCCGGCGCGCCUGAAGAAGGUUGUCCAGACAGAUGACCAUCGUGAUGAGUGCGUCCAAGGAAAGGUUGUCGUCCCGGCACGACAACUCCGUCUGGACCUCCUCAUGCAGUCCUCUACGAUAUAGGGUGCAGAGUGCCGGUUCAUUACAUCCACUGGAGGCUGCCACGGUCCGGAAGGUGAGGGCGUACUCCGCAGCGGUCUGGGCAUCCUGCCGGAGUUGGAAUAGUCUCUCACUUCCCUCUCUGCCCUCCGAUGGAUGGUCAAAGACCGCCCUGAACAGAGCCAUGAACCUCUUGUAGGAACCCAGCUCUUCCUCUCUCCCAGACGGCUGUAGUCCUCUCCAAUGCCCGCCCGGUCAGUAGGGAAAUGACAGAGGCAAACUUGGACCUCUUGGUGGUGGGGGCUCCCAUCUGAUGGGCAAAAUAGAGGGAGCACUGGAGUAGGAAACCACGGCAUUUGUAUGGAGUCCUGUCAUACUUGUCCGGGAGGGACAGUCGGGCAUCGCCUCCCUGGGAGGACUGCUGGCUGGGCUGGGGAGCUAGCUCACUGGGACGACUCAUGGUAGGAGGCCCUCCGCUAGUUGUAGGUGAAUCCUCUCGGGUGGUGUCGAGGCGGUGGAGGACGCGGAGGACCUCAUCCAUAGCCGCACCUUGUUGCGCCAGCUGAUCGUGGUGUUGACGGAGUAGGUGUCCCUGUUCACCGACCGUCUGGUAGAUGUCUUACUCUUCUGCUGCUUCCAUAAUUAGUGAGGCAGUAUUCUGUAACGUAUAAGCAGGGAGUCAGGAAGCAGGUGCAGAAGGUGUGUGUGCGUAAUGAUAGUUGCUAGGACCGGUGGUUAGUAGACCGGCGACAUCGAGCGCUGGAGCGGGGGAGCGGGAGUAGGCGUGACAGUUGUGCUAUUAGAUGAAGCACGGUGAUAACACAUUAAGUCAAUAAUAAUAAUAAUAAUAAUAUGCCAUUUAGCAGACGCUUUUAUCCGUUUCCUAAACUCGGUCCUUGGGACCCCAAGGGGUGCACGUUUAGGUUUUUGCCCUAGCACUAUACAGCUGAUUCAAAUAAUAAUCUAAUCAUCAAGCUUUGAAUCAGCUGUGUAGUGUUAGGGCAAGAACCAAAACGUGCACCCCUUGGGGUUUGGUAAACACUGCAUUAAGUUGUAUAAAUACAAAAUAUCUGACAUUGUAUUCCCAUUUGAACUUUGCUGUGCUUUCAAAUGGUUGAAAGUGCAGUGAUAACACAUUUGGGAAUUCAACUAACUUCUGGCUGUCUUUUUGAGUGGUUGAAUAAAGGUUGAAAUCUCAUUGAUCAACAUCUCAACCAAAUAUUACCCAAUUUUCCAUGUUGAAAUUACGUGGUGUGCCUAGUAGAUACUGUAGGGCAAGCUAAUUAUGUCUUGCAAAGAAACCAAUGCUUGAGAAAUUGUGCAUUUUUCAUUGAAACCCUCUUCAAAUCAAAUCAAAUCAAAUUGUAUUUGUCACAUACACGUGUUUAGCAGAUGUUAUUGUGGGUGUAGCGAAAUGCUUGUGCUUCUAGCUCCGACAGCGCAGUAAUAUCUAACAAGUAAUAUCUAACAAUUUCACAACAUACAGGUAAAAGUCAGUAAAUUAGAAUAUUUUGAAAAACUUGAUUUAUUUCAGUAAUUGCAUUCAAAAGGUGUAACUUGUACAUUAUAUUUAUUCAUUGCACACAGACUGAUGCAUUCAAAUGUUUAUUUCAUUUAAUUCUGAUGAUUUGAAGUGGCAACAAAUGAAAAUCCAAAAUUCCGUGUGUCACAAAAUUAGAAUAUUGUGUAAGGGUUACAUUUUGAAGACACCUGGUGCCACAAAAUAAUCAGCUGAUUAACUCAAAACACCUGCAAAGGGCUUUAAAUGGUCUCUCAGUCCAGUUCUGAAGCCUACACAAACAUGGGGAAGACUUCAGAUUUGACAGCUGUCCAAAAGGCGACCAUCGACACAUUGCACAAGGAGGGAAAGACACAAAAGGUUAUUGCAGAAGAGGCUGGCUGUUCUCAGAGCUCUGUGUCCAAACACAUUAAUAGAGAGGCAAAGGGAAGGAAAAACUGUGGUCAGAAAAAGUGUACAAGCGAUAGGGAUCACCGCGCCCUAGUCAAGAUUGUGAAAAAAAACCCAUUCAAAAAUGUGGGGGAGAUUCACAAGGAGUGGACAGCUGCUGGAGUCAGGGCUUCAAGAUCCACCACCAAGAGACGCUUGAAAGACAUGGGUUUCAACUGCCGCAUACCUCGUGUCAAGCCACUGUUGACCAAGAAACAGCGCGAAAAGCGUCUCACCUGGGCUAAGGAAAAAAAGAGCUGGACUGCUGCUGAGUGGUCUAAAGUCAUGUUUUCUGACGAAAGCAAAUUUUGCAUUUCCUUUGGAAAUCGAGGUCCCAGAGUCUGGAGGAAGACAGGAGAGGCACAGGAUCCACGUUGCCUGAAGUCUAGUGUAAAGUUUCCACCAUCAGUGAUGGUUUGGGGUGCCAUGUCAUCUGCUGGUGUCGGUCCACUCUGUUUCCUGAGAUCAAGGGUCAACGCAGCCGUCUACCAGCAAGUUUUAGAGCACUUCAUGCUUCCUGCUGCUGACCUGCUCUAUGGAGAUGGAGAUUUCAGGUUCCAACAGGACUUGGCGCCUGCACACAGCGCAAAAUCUACCCGUGCCUGGUUUACGGACCAUGGUAUUUCUGUUCUAAAUUGGCCAGCCAACUCCCCUGACCUUAGCCCCAUAGAAAAUCUGUGGGGUAUUGUGAAAAGGAAGAUGCAGAAUGCCAGACCCAACAACGCAGAAGAGUUGAAGGCCACUAUCAGAGCAACCUGGGCUCUCAUAACACCUGAGCAGUGCCAGAAACUCAUCGACUCCAUGCCACGCCGCAUUAAUGCAGUAAUUGAGGCAAAAGGAGCUCCAACCAAGUAUUGAGUAUUGUACAUGCUCAUAUUUUUCAUUUUCAUACUUUUCAGUUGGCCAACAUUUCUAAAAAAUCCCUUUUUUGUAUUAGCCUUAAGUAAUAUUCUAAUUUUGUGACACACGGAAUUUUGGAUUUUCAUUUGUUGCCACUUCAAAUCAUCAAAAUUAAAUGAAAUAAACAUUUGAAUGCAUCAGUCUGUGUGCAAUGAAUAAAUAUAAUGUACAAGUUACACCUUUUGAAUGCAAUUACUGAAAUAAAUCAAGUUUUUCAAAAUAUUCUAAUUUACUGACUUUUACCUGUAUACCCAAUACACACAAAUCUAGUAAGGAAUGGAAUUUAAGAAUAUAUACAUAUAUGGACAAGCAAUGACAGAGCGGCAUGGACUAAGAUACAGUACAAUAUUAUAGAAUAGAAUACAGUAUAUACAUAUGAGAUGAGUAGUGCAAGAUAUGUAAACAUUAUUAAAGUGACUAGUGUUCCAUUUCUUAAAGUGGCCAGUGAUUUCAAUAGGCAGCAGCAGCCUCUAAUGUGCUAGUGAUGGCUAUUUAACAGUCUGGUGGCCUUGAGAUAGAAGCUGUUUUUCAUUCUCUCGGUCCCAGCUUUGAUGCACCUGUACUGACCUCACCUUCUAGAUGAUAGCGGGGUGAACAGGCAGUGGCUCGGGUGGUUGAUGUCCUUGAUGAUCUUUUGGCCUUCCUGUGACAUCGGGUGCUGUAGGUGCCUUGGACAUCUCAUUUACAAGGAAGUCUCUGUAAUGGAUGAUAUCUUGUGAUGAUUAAUAGCAGCUUGGCGAAACUCCUUUUAUGGAACUCUGUCUGCUGUUAUAGGCCUGAAUACUACACUUCAUAAUGAGAUGAUAACAUUGAAAUGUUCCUUACCACUGCAUCUCACCUCUUAUUUUACAACAGCUGGAGAGCAAUCAUGGGAAAAUAACAUUGUAUUACAGUAUCGCAAAGAUAAAGUUUUGUUCAGGGUAGUUUGUCCUUAUUCAUCAUACUGUACAGGAGCUCUACAGUGUCAAUAUCAUUGACCUGAGUCAUUAGCAGCCUCAUCCGCUGCACACGAUAGCAUUGAUUGCUCUCGUCACAGUAUAACCCCAUAGGACAUUACUACGGAAAUGACAAUCAACAUGACUUUGUCUGGACAGUAGAGGUUUUCUGUAUCGGUUGCAGAGGAAAGUGGUGUUUGUGUUGUUUCCUAAGAAAUGUAUAACAAAAAAUUUACAAUAUUUUGGCCAAGUGAUGAAGAUACCAUGAAAUCAAUAGUGAUUGGACAGACAAGUACAGUAAAGAUGUUUUUCUUAUCUUACGCUGUGCCUCCUUUUCUGUUGGCUCCCAGGAGAUGUCACUCCCAGAGAGAGCAGCCCUUUCAUCAACAACACUGACCAUGACCGAGGAAACUACUACGAUGGCAAGAACAUGGCUCUCUUUGAGGUAUACCACAUGUCAAGGCGUUUGAUAUCAUAAAUCAUGUCAUGUAAUUAAUUACCACAUAGGUUUUAUGCCACUUUAAUGUAAAGUGAGAGCUAAGUGCUUACCUGGAUUAUAUUGGAGUAUAUCAUCCAAACGUGUUGCUUUUGUUUGUUGUAUAUUUGGAUGUCUUCAAUGCCAUGACGUCCCGAUUCAAUGUCAUUGUGUCCUUAUUGACAGGAAGAGAUUGAGAGCAACCCCAUGGUAUCCUCCCUCCUCAACAAGCUGGCUAACUACACCAACCUCACCCAGGGGGUCACUGAGCACGAGGAGUAUGAAAAUGAGGAGGGGGUCACGAAGAUUAGAGUCAAGGUAUGGACCACAUGACCGUUGUGCAUUAUUGAGAAGUUCUCCUGGUGGGUACUUUGUGGGAGACCUCGCUAAAGAGGUACAGUAGUAGACAGACAUUGUAUUAACUCUCAAUCCACUUGACAAGGACAUUGUUGUUCGAUCACAUGAACAUCUAUUAUUAUUGUGCAUACCAACCUGAGUUGACUUGGUUAGUGGGGUGGCUAUGCAACAGCACCUCUGAGAGCAGAGCGCGUGUGAGAAUAUAAGGCAGCAUUCUUCUGACCAACCAACCAAAGAAAUACUCCUACUGUUGCUAUUCAGCGUCACAGCACCAACACGAGGCCACAGAAACCAACCAUUCCCCUGUCCCCUGACAAUUACCCCAGCACCUCUCCCUGCUGGAGAUCUGAUUGGCUCAGAUCUAUGGAGACAGAGUGGAUAGUGAGGAUGCCACUCCAGGUUGUGAACGGUCUUUGAACAAGGGCCACAUUGACCCUGAUAAAAAGGCGUAUAGGAGAACCGACAGCAGUAUUGAGAGAGUGCUGUGUUGCGUUAUGGGAUAUAUGGUAUGUACUGUACUGUAUUCAUGCAGUGUCUUUGUGUGUGUGUGUGUGUGUGUGGGGAGGGGGGGGGGGGGGUAGAGUUCUCUGAUCUUGAAAGAGUGGGGUCCGUUGCACCUUUGGAGCAUAACAGGGGGUGCUUGUGUCAUCAGGCGGUGGAUAACACACUGGAGUUGUUCAUUUAUCCUGUGGUGAUCGGGGCAUGGAUUGUAUGGCUGUAAUGAAGUCGAACAGAUCAUUGUAAAGGUAGCCUGUUACUGUACACUGUAUAGCAUUGUGUUUGGCUGUUAUAUUUGGGUAUUCCUGCUUUCCAAACUGUGCAAGCACACAGAGCAAACAUAGUAUUAUUUCACUGAAUAGUUCUGUUGUUAAUUUCUCUGGAAAACUGCAAAGGACUUCAAAUACUUUACUGUUAUGACAUAUGAGCAUGAGUUGGGCAUGAGGAAAAUAGACUGGGAACUGUGGAAGGAUUCUCUACUGAUGUUUUGUUACUGAUGUUUUGCUCAAAGGACAUUGCAAUGUAUUUGAGCAAUACAUCUGUCUACUCAUUGUCUGAAAAGCCAAUGCAAACUUUAUCCUUAUACCACUCUCUCCCUAGACCCUAGAAAUAUAAUUAUUUACGUUUUAAAUUCUAAACUAUAACACACGUUUAUACUGCAAACAAUUUAUCUGUUGUGUUUACAUAACUUUAUCAGACAAUAUUUGUAAAACUUCAUUUGCAAACACAGGAGGAUGGAACAGGCUAAACCAAAGCAACUAAUGUGAUGAAAGUUGUUGCAGGAGGAUUGGGGUGGUAUGGUUUGCAUGUCACAGUGUUGAGUAUGUGUAGUUUCAUGAGAGUAACCCAGCUAAAUGAUGGGGUUGCCUGAGACUGUGUUUGUAGUCAUGUCCCUACAGGGCACAGUUAAGCAGCUGACUUCAGACCAUUGACUUCACCAUUGUUGUGUUUUUAUGCUGCUGAGAUGGUUUGAUGGUUGCUAAUGAACCAAUUUUAAAAUAAAAUAAAAUGCAAAUAGUGUACGGCUCUGAUAAUAGUCUGUCGGCUCAAGUCUUUUUGCCAACAUUACAAUUGUAGACAAAAAAUAAUCUCAGUAUUUAUUGUGGCAGAUUUUAUUUUAUUUAUUAGUAUCCCCACUAGUCGACACCAACAAAAAAAACAUUACAGACAAAAUACUUUACAAUUUACAUACAUUUAAAAACAUGAACAUGUAGUGUGCAUCUAGCAGUUACUCAUACAUAUCAGUACAUACACUAUCUCUAAAAUAUUUUUGGACACCCCUUUAAAUAAGUGGAUUCGGCUAUUUCAGCCACACCCGUUGCUAACAGGUGUAUAAAAUCAAGGCACACAGCCAUGCAAUCUCCAUAGUUAAACAUUGGCAUUAGAAUGUCCCGUACUGAAUAGCUCAGUGACUUUCAACGUGGCACCGUCAUAGGAUGCCACCUUUCCAACAAGUUAGUUUGUCAAAUUUCUGCCCUGCUAGAGCUGCCCCGGUCAACUGUAAGUGCUGUUAUUGUGAAGUGGAAACGUCUAGGAGCAACAACGGCUCAGCCGCGAAGUGGUAGGCCACACAAGCUCACAGAACGGGACAGCCGAGUGCUGAACUGUUCGUCGGGAGCUUCAUGAAAUGGGUUUCCAUGGCAGAGUAGCCGCACACAAGCCUACGAUCACCGUGCGCUAUGCCAAGCGUCAGUUGAAGCUCGCUACCAUUGGACUCUGGAGCAGUGAAAACAUGUUCUCUGUAGUCAUGAACCACACUUCACAAUCUGGCAGUCCGACAGACAAAUCUGGGUUUGGCGGAUGCCAGGAGAACGCUACCUGCCCCAAUGCAUAGUGCCAACUGUAAAGUUUGGUGGAGGAGGAUUCUGUGCUUGCAACGUUGUGGUAACAGUUUGGGGAAGGCCUUUUCCUGUUUCAGCAUGACAAUGCCCCCGUGCACAAAGCGAGGUCCAUACAGAAUGGUUUGUCGAGAUCGGUGUGGAAGAACUUGACCCCAUGGAACACCCUUGGAAUGAAUUGGAACGCCGACUGCGAGCCAGGCCUAAUUGCCCACCAUCAGUGCCCGUCCUCAUUAAUGCUCUUGUGGAUGAAUGGAAGCAAGUCUCUGCAGCAAUGUUCCCACAUCUAGUGGAAAGCCUUCCCAGAAGAGUGGAGGCUGUUAUAGCAGCAAAGGGGGGACCAACUCCAUAUUAAUGCCCAUGACGUUGGAAUGAGAUGUUCAACGACCAGUUGUCCACAUACUUUUGGUCAUGUAGUGUACACAUAACAAGUAGGUCACAUGGGGGAGUGGUGUUGUGCCGUGAGGUGUUGUUUUAUUAGUUUUUUGAAACCAGGUUUGCUGUUCGCUUGCGCUAUAUAAGAUGGAAUGGAGUUCCAAAUCAAAUCAAAUGCCAAGUCUGUGUGUCAGUACUGUGUGUAGGUUGACUAUGCAAAUAAUUUGGAAUUUCCAACACAUUCAUGUUUCUUAUAAAGACAAGAAGUGAUGUAGUCAGUCUUUACUCAACUUCUAGCCAAGAGAGACUGGCAUACAUAGUAUUAAUUUUAGCCCUCUGAUUACAAUGAAGAGCAAGACGUGCCACUCCGUUCUGGGCCAGCUGCAGCUUAACUAGGUCUUUCUUUGCAGCACUUGACCAUUUGACUGGACAAUAAUCAAGAUAAGAUAAAACUAGAGCCUGCAGGACUUGCUUUGUGGAGUGUGGUGUCAAAAAGCAGAGCAUCUCUUUAUUACGGACAAUUGACUUUGUAAUCUCAGCAGUAUUAAGCUGUAUUGUACAGGAUUGUACAAUAUUGUAUUGUAUGCUGUAUUGUGGCUAUUACAGUAUACCUUACUGUACCAUAAGCUGACUCAUGGUAAUCCUACCUCUCCUCUUCCCUUGCCCUCUACGUUGGCACCUCCAGAGUCCUCAAAUGGGCACAUUCAUCGGCGUGUACCUGCCCUGCAUGCAGAACAUCCUGGGAGUCAUCCUCUUCCUGCGUCUCACCUGGAUAGUUGGCACUGCCGGCAUCUUGGAGUCUUUCGCCAUCGUCGUCAUGUGCUGCACCUGUGUGAGUACUAUGUAAUGAUACAAAUGGAGGACCAAGGUGGGCUAAACUACUUACAUACACACACUCCUCCCUUUUGGGGAGUUCAGGUACUAAACUGUGGUAUUCUCUGCCAAUCUUAGUUUUCUCCCUGAGGACAUUGUAACCAUACACCCACCAAUAUCUAGUCUAUUGUAUUUUUUCCUCUCUUACAGACCAUGCUGACAGCAAUAUCAAUGAGCGCUAUUGCAACAAAUGGUGUAGUGCCAGGUAAUGUCAGUUCAACUUCAGCUUAUUUUCCACCUUGAAUAAGAAACCUCAACCUCUGUUUUUAUGCUUAUUUAGCACUGUUGAACUGUCAUCAUUUAACCAUGGUUGAUUAUUAUUACUAUUGCAUUGGAGCUAUAGUCUGCGGCUAACUUAUUUUCUAGUCGUUUUAUCCGUAUCUGUUCUCUUGCCCCAUUCAGCCGGAGGCUCCUACUACAUGAUCUCCAGGUCUUUGGGACCAGAGUUUGGUGGGGCUGUGGGCUUGUGUUUUUACCUGGGAACCACAUUCGCUGGCUCCAUGUACAUCCUGGGUACCAUUGAAAUCCUUCUGGUAAGGAUAAAACAGAAUGCCUGGUCAUGAUAUAAGAAAUACACAAUGUUUAGAGGAGUUUUUCAUGACCACAUGACUCUUCCAGGAGCUGGUACCUUGUCACAGCCUAUAACAAUGGCACAGUGUUUUUCCUGGACAUGUCACAUGGGCCGGAAAAACUCUUGGCCCAAACAACGUUUCAUGAAGCUAGUGUCCCAGCUGACUCCUAUUCUUGUCCCAGACAUACAUCGUGCCGAACGCUGCGGUGUUUGUGGCUGAGAAGAAGGAGGGCGAGGCGGAGGCCAUGCUGAAUAACAUGCGUGUGUACGGGACCUGCUGCCUGGCUCUCAUGGCUCUGGUGGUGUUUGUGGGAGUCAAAUAUGUCAACAAGCUGGCCCUGGUGUUCCUGGCCUGUGUGGUGCUCUCCAUCAUGGCCAUCUACGCCGGAGUCAUCAAGACAGUCAUAGAACCACCAGACUUCCCGUGAGUUAGAUAGUUACUCUAUAGGCACAGGAAAUGCUUGUGUCUGUGUUUGUCUGGUCAGAUUAAUGUGCACACUGUAUAGGACCAUCAUCAGUCAUCUGAUCUUAUAGAGCUGAAUACUAACGUGAUCACACAUUGAUAUCAGUGAGACAGAUAUUUAUAGACUCUUUACAGUGGUUACAGUGGCCAAAAGGAAAAUAUUCUUAGUUCUUUACACAAUAAAAUAUCCUCAUGAAUAUAUGUAUAUGUUUCCCACAGAAUCUGUCUUCUGGGGAACCGUUCCUUGCAGAACCACAACUUUGAGAAGUGUGUGAAGACAGAGGUGAUCAAGAACGUGACGUAUACCACUAAGCUGUGGGAGCUGUUCUGUGACAGCUCCCACCUCAAUGCCACCUGCGAUGAGUACUUCACCCUGAACAACGUCACUGAGAUCCAGGGCAUCCCAGGCCUGCUCAGUGGGGUCAUCAAAGGUCAGCGGAGCACCAAGACAAAUUCCUAGAAAACAAUUGUUGCGUGGCAAUAAAGUUAUCUGAUUCUGUGUCAGAGCCCACUUAUUGGCACUACUACUACUUGCUUACUACUUACUCACUUAACAAAUGAUUAUUGAGAGCAGGUGUCCUUAGUGUUUAGUCUACUAUAAUGUGAGUCUUCUGUGUCCCCUGUCAGACAACAUGUGGGGUGACUACGGGCCCAGUGGGAUGUUGGUGGAGAAGAAGAGGCAGUCGUCUGUCCCAGCCCAGGAUAACUCCAGAGAUAUCUACAUGCCUUACGUCUUCAACGACAUCUCCACCUUCUUCACUCUGCUGGUGGGAAUCUACUUCCCCUCCGUCACGGGUUGGUAGAGCAGCCAUACUGUCACCAUAGAUAUCAUUGUGUAGCUACCACCAUAUGACAUCAUUGAGUUAUUGUUUGUCACCCUCACACUGAUUGUAAGGGUGUUACUGUAACUUAUCCUUUGGAAGAGUUACUGUAACUUACGCUUUUGUGUUUUUAGUUUUGGUGUUGUUUUCUGCUGCAGACAACAUUUAAAUAUGUUGGUGAUUUCCUGAAUUUCAGCUUCUGUAUGAAUCUAUGUGUUUUCCAUGACAGGAAUCAUGGCAGGCUCCAACAGAUCUGGAGACCUCCGAGAUGCCCAGAGGUCUAUUCCUUUCGGUACCAUCCUGGCCAUAGCAACCACUUCUUUCAUUUGUAUCCUUGGAGAAACCAUAGAUAUGAUGACGUGCAUGUGUGGAGUGGUGUGCAUACAUGCAUGGAGUGCUGGCAUGUGUGUUUUAGUGUGGGAGAGGGUAUGUGUUCUGCAUUUGUUAACUUUGACAGCACUAUUUCUUUCUUAACCCCAACUCCCAGACAUGACCUGUGUUGUGCUAUUUGGUGCCUGUAUCGAGGGUGUCGUUUUGAGAGACAAGUAACUACUAUUCCACAGUUAUUAUUUACAACAUGGCAACAGCUGUUAUGCCAUUAUGUACAGUAGCGUUGAUGCAGAAGCCAUCCCUGCUGUGUAUAACUUGUAUAUCAAAGACCUUUGUGUCAUACAUACAGUGCCUUCAGAAAGUAUUUACACCCCUUUAUGUUUUCCACAUUUUGUUGUGUUACAGCCUAAUUUAAAAUUGAUUCAAUUGAGAUGUUUUUGUCACUGAUCUACACACGAUACUCCAUACUGUCAAAGUGGAAAAUGUUUUCAAUUAAUAAAAAAUUAAAAGCUGAAAUAUCUUUAGUCAAUAAGUAUUCAACACCUUUGUUAUGGCAAGCCUAAAUAACAGUAAAAAUGUGCUUAACAAAUUGCAUAAGAAGUUGAAUGGACCAUCUCUGUACCACACACAUAUAAUUAUCUGUAAUGUCUCUCAAUCGAGUAGUGGAUUUCAAGCCCAGAUUCAACCACAAAGACCAGGGAGGUUUUGUAAUGCCAGGAAGGGCACCGAUUGGUAGAUGUGUAAAAAAUGCUGAAUAUGGCUUUGAGCAUGGUGAAGUUAUUAAUUAGGCUUUGGAUGGUGUAUCAAUAUACCUUGUCAUCGGCAAGGACUAGGAAGUAUUUUAGGAUAAAAAUAAUAUCCUAAAACAUAUCCUAAAACACAAGGCCAAAUCUACACUGGAGUUGCUUACCAAGACAACAUUAAAUGUUCCAGAGUGGCCUAGUUACAAUUUUGACUUAAAAAUCGGCUUGAAAAUCUAAGUCAAGACUUGAAAAUUGCUGUCUAGCAAUGAUCAACAAUCAACUUGACAGAGCUUAAAUAUUUUUUUUAGGAAUAAUGGGCAAAUAUUGUACAAUCCAGGUGUGCAAAGCUCUUAGAGACUUACUCAAAAAGACUGACAGCUGUAAUCGCCGCCAUAGGUGCUUCUACAAAGUAUUGACUCAGGGGUGUCAAUACUUAUGUAAAUUAGAUUUCAUUUUCAAUCAAUUUGUAAAAACAUGUUUUCUCUUUGUCAUUAUGGGUUAUUGUGUGUAGAAGGUGAGAACAAUCCAUUUUGAAUUCAAGCUGUAAUACAACAAAAUGUGGAAUAAGUCAAUGGGUAUGAAUACUUUCUGAAGGCACCGUAUUGAUAGACCCUUGUUGUGCAUCUAGAAGGACAGACCACAUGUAAACGGACAGCGUUAGAAAGAGAACAUUGUGUGCUAAUAGAGUAAAAUGUCAUGACAUAAAGGGUGUUAAGCUGAUUGGACAGAACAGCUAAAGAUUAUUACGCUUGCAUGGGUUUUUCAUUAUGUGUAUGUGCUCAGAUUUAUGUCUCUCAAUUUGCCUGUCUUUCUUUCGGUCUCGUUCUAAACAAUACAGUACCUGUGUUUGUAUAACAUUCAACUGUGUCUGUUUCUGCUACAGAUUUGGGGACUCCGUCAAGAAAAACUUGGUGAUUGGAACUCUGGCAUGGCCUUCUCCAUGGGUGAUAGUGAUUGGCUCCUUCUUCUCCUGCUGUGGGGCAGGGCUGCAGAGUCUUACUGGAGCCCCUCGUCUGCUGCAGGCCAUAGCACGUGACGGGAUUGUCCCCUUUCUACAGGUAAGAUUUUCCUAGAGACUGUGCCAUACCCUUGCUAUUGCAUCUCAAUAACAUAACCACUUCAGCUAGUCUCUCUUUCUUCUCUCCCUCCCCUCCUCCAGGUGUUUGGUCAUGGUAAAGCCAAUGGGGAACCUACCUGGGCCCUCUUGAUGACUGCUGGGAUCUGUGAGAUUGGAAUCCUCAUUGCAUCACUGGAUGCUGUUGCCCCCAUUCUCUCAAUGUGAGUGUGUUCAGUAUGUGUGUAGAAGGUGAUACUGCAAAUCUGAGUCUUUCUCGCUAUAGUAAUGGGAUGGGAGUGUUUUUUCCUGUCAGUUGUGUACAGUAUUAGCUCAUUGUCCUUUUGUAAGCCUAUAAGUCACUUCUAUUAAUCUUCUCUGUGGGGCUGGGUUUCAGGUUUUUCCUGAUGUGCUACCUGUUUGUCAACCUGGCCUGUGCCGUCCAGACACUGCUACGCACUCCCAACUGGAGGCCCAGGUUUAAGUUCUACCAUUGGUGAGUUAUUAUUUUCCAUGCCAAAAGUGUCAAUUCAGGGAUCUUACACCCUGGACCAAUAUUAAGUUACAGCCCAGCACUAAAACACCUAAUUCAUCCAAUCAACUAAUCAUGAAGCACUUUGUGAAAUAGGUAAUGUAGAUAUUCAGAAGGAGGCAGAAGGUUCUGGUGCAAAGGUGUCCAUAUUUUUUCAUAGUGAUAGCCGGCGAUUCAUAUUUACAAGACAAACGGGUGGACAAUAAACGUACUACUCACACAAAAUAACAAACUGCACUAAGCCUAAACCAGGUUUACCCUGUAGCUUACGUAGUUCUUACACGUUGCGCGUAUACCAAACCCAAUCUACCUAGAAACCCAAAACAGGGCUUAUAUCCGCUAAGCCCCUCCCUGGUACAUACCCAUGUCCAAUGACAAGUAACCACAUAAUUGGUAUAGAAAUGUAACUGUCUUCCUCAUAAUUACCCAAUUACAUACAUUCGUUUAAAACAGAUGUGACCACUUCCAUGUACACUUUAAAUUGGGCGCACGUUAAACAUGAAUCAUGAAUUCUUACAUGAAUGGAACCGGCGAAUGGCCGCAACCCAAUAACAUGUAGUGGUGCACAAAGGCUCGCUCGAUCCUGUUGCACAAUGCACAACUAAAAUGACACAGACAAGACAUGACACACCUUGCACCAACGCGACGUGGGAAGUAUGAACAACGGAAAGCAUUAACAGACUGAAACAGAGUCUCUAACUCGUGAGUGUUACGAUGAUUCUGUGCACCGAAUCAACGUUUCACUCUCGUAGGCUAGAGAAAGGUAAAUCACCGCAUUUAUGUUUGGAAUCGAUUAUACGGAAAUACCUUUCCAUACAAACAUUUUCUUACCGAACUGAGCAUGAACUAUAAACAAUAGCUUAUUGCUAACAAAGGAGCUAAAUAAUUAUAUUGUCAUGCGCAGUGUUGAGUAUAAUGCUUCUAGAAAUAAAUGGCAAAAUGCAUAGGGGAAAUAGAAAGCGCUAUUUGAAUAUAAAGCCUAAUGGUAGUGUGCGCGUUCGUGACAAGUGGGCAUAAAUCCACAUCGUCACACACUUGAUUAGUUGAAUCAGGUGUGUCAGUGCUGGGCUGGAACAAAAGCCUGCACAGCUCAAAGGUGCCCAAUACGAGGAUGUAGUAACACUGAGCUAAUGCCUAUCCAAAAAAUAAGCCCAUUCAAUAAGCUGUUGUCCUGUUCUCUGGUCCCUGCAGGACGCUGUCGUUCCUGGGGAUGAGUCUGUGUGUCUCCCUCAUGUUCAUCUCCUCUUGGUACUAUGCUCUGGUAGCCAUGUCCAUCGCUGGAUGCAUCUAUAAGUACAUUGAGUACAGAGGGUAAGAGUUUGAUUUUCCAAUAACAGCUCAAUAACGUUAUACUACUGUAAUGAAAUUAGUAAUGUCCCCACUCCCCACAUAAUUAAAUAGAACACAGUAUUAUAUCUAUGUAGUGUCCCUGCCUUUCUUUAACCCAUUUUCUGGACAGUGUGUUGUAAUAAUACAGUUUGGUUACUGUUUGGUGUAUUGGCUUUGGUAUCUAAAUGUGAGAUUUCCUGCUUUUUUAACCCUCUCUCUGGUCUCUUUCCUCUCAGGGCAGAGAAGGAGUGGGGAGAUGGGAUCAGAGGUCUGUCCCUGAACGCUGCCCGCUACGCUCUAAUCCGCCUGGAGGAAGUGCAGCCACAUACUAAGAACUGGAGGUGAGAGGCUGAGAGCAGUGUAGGGUGAGGAUGACUCCUGGACUGAGGGCCAGAGUCAUACUCAGUUAUAUUAUUUUCAACUUAGACACAUUGUACAUGAACUUGUUAAAUAUGAAGAACAUUUCUUUGAUAUUUGAGACCAUUAAUGUGUGCACAUGAAUGAUAUCUCCUUCCUUGGUCUAAUGUUUCUGUACUUUAGGUUUGCAAUAUAGAGCUGUCACUCUGAAGACAGAUGGAUGAUGACUGACAUUUGAUUGUCUUGCUGUCCUGCCUGAUGACCAAGUUUAGUUGCUUGUCUUGAUGUCUAUCGAUCUGAACAUACACUGACUGUACUGUAUCUCUCCCCCCAGGCCUCAGUUACUGGUGCUACUGAAGCUGGAUUCAGACCUGGGGGUGAAACACCCUCGUCUGCUGUCCUUUACCACCCAGCUGAAGGCAGGGAAAGGUCUGACCAUCGUCAGCUCUGUGUUGGAGGGCACCUACAUGACCCUGGGGGCUGAGGCCAAGAGUGCAGAGCAGGUGAGAGACACUCAUAUCACAUGACCAGGGUGGCAGAGAAUCAGUGUUCAGACCAGGUGAGGUGUCCAGAACAGCCGCAGUUGGAACAGAUUCACCCUUGGCUACUGAUUUCUCAGACCCGUGCUCGCUGGAAGCAGGUGUAAUUUAGCCACCCACUCAAAGAGUAAAGAGACUCCAUCUGCAGUUUAUAAAGCCAGGGGAGGAUGGAGUUCUCAAUUAAUUAUCCCAUAACAGAGAACUCUGCCACCUGCUGGGAGGUCAGAUGGGUGCGCUAAAAUAUUAGAGGCAAGUCGUUAGAGAUGAAUAAUAUACUCAGUAAGUUACAACCUUAAUUUACAAUCAAACUGGUGAAGAGAAAUACAUUAUCUCUGUUCACCUCACUCUCUGUCCUCUUCCUCAUCCCAGAUUACAGUCUGAUGAAAGCUGCCUUUCUGUUUUUGCUCUGUCAUGCUACCCUCCAGCCAUGGUCAAUGAAACAUUCUGACUGGUCUAAUUCAAGCACAAAGAUGUCAAUAAAACGCUAUGCAAGGCCAAACUCCACUGGCUCUGUAGAGAUUCCUGCAGUGAGCUGUAUAGAUGUUUCCACUUAUUAGCCACACAUGUUAAAACGUGAUUUUGGUCACUCACUCUUGACUUCAUGUCCAAGUUUAGAAAGCAUUCAUAAAGCUUACAUAACAACUACGAAAAAGCGAUCAUUGGGGAUUUUCCUUCAUACUUUCUGCAUACUUUGCGUAGUAUACUUGCAUCAAAAUGUUUCAUCUACUAUCAGUGUCUUGCAAAUGUAAAAAAUAGUAUUUAUGGAAACUAUUUAUUUCACUCUUUCAUCCAUUUUCCUCUUUCAUCCUCUUUCCUCCUGGUUGUUCCUCUUUGCUUGGUGCAGAAUGUCAAGUCGGCCAUGCAUGCAGAACGUACCAAAGGUUUCUGCCACGUGGUGGUGUCCUCUAACCUGCGGGAUGGUUUCUCCCACCUGAUUCAGUCGGCAGGGCUGGGGGGCAUGAAACACAACACCGUCCUCAUGGCCUGGCCUGGGGGCUGGAAACAGGCUGAGGACUCCUACCCCUGGAAGAACUUCAUCGGUCAGUAGUACAUUUCAUACUCUACUAUACUCUACCAUACUUUACUAUAAUAGUCUACAGUACAUUUUAGUAGUAUCAUCAAGUAUGUCAUACUAACGUAGUUUCUCCUGAAGACAUUCACAUACAUUUGAAAAAUACCUACAGUUGAAGUCGGAAGUUUACAUACACCUUAGCCAAAUACAUUUAAACUCAGUUUUUCACAAUUACUGACAUUUAAUCCUAGUAAAAAUUCCCUGUUUUAGGUCAGUUAGGAUCACCACAUUAUUUUAAGAAUGUGAAAUGUCAGAAUAAUAGUAGAGUGAUUUCUUUCAGCUUUUAUUUCUUUCAUCACAUUCCCAGUGGGUCAGAAGUUUACAUACACUCAAUUAGUAUUUGGUAGCAUUGCCUUUAAAUUGUUUAACUUGAGUCAAACUUUUCGGGUAGCCUUCCACAAGCUUCCCACAAUAAGUUGAGUCAGGUUUGUAGGCAUCCUUGCUCGCACAUGCUUUUUCAGUUCUUCCCACACAUUUUCUAUAGGAUUGAGGUCAGGGCUUUGUGAUGGCCACUCCAAUACCUUGACUUUGUUGUCCUUAAGCCAUUUUGCCACAACUUUGGAAGUACACUUGGGGUCAUUGUCCAUUUGGAAGACCCAUUUGCGACCAAGCUUUAACUUCCUGACUGAUGUCUUCAGAUUCAAUAUAUCCACAUAAUUUUCCUUCUUCAUGAUGCCAUCUAUUUUGUGAAGUGCACCAGUCCCUCCUGCAGCAAAGUACCCCCACAGCACGAUGCUGCCACCCCCGUGCUUCACGGUUGGGAUGGUGUUCUUCGGCUUGCAAGCAACCACCUUUUUCCUCCAAACAUAACGCUGGUCAUUAUGGCAAAACACUUCUAUUUUUGUUUAAUCAGACCAGAGGACAUUUCUCCAAAACGUACGAUCUUUGUUCCCACGAUCUUUGUUUGCAGUUGCAAACCGUAGUCUGGCUUUUUUAUGGCGGUUUUGGAGCAGUGGCUUCAUCCUUGCUGAGCGGCCUUUCAGGUUAUGUCGAUAUAGGACUCGUUUUACUGUGGAUAUAGAUACUUUUGUACAUGUUUCCUCCAGCAUCUUCACAAGGUCCUUUGCUGUUGUUCUGGGAUUGAUUUGCACUUUUCGCACCAAAGUACGUUUAUCUCUAGGAGACUGAACGCGUCUCCUUCCUGAGCGGUAUGAUGGCUGCGCGGUCCCAUGGUGUUUAUACUUGCGUACUAUUGUUUGUACAGAUGAAUGUGGUACCUUCAGGCAUUUGGAAAUUGCUCCCAAGGAUGAACUAGACUUGUGGCGGUCUACACAUUUUUUUCUGAGGUCUUGGCUGAUUUCUUUUGAUUUUCCCAUGAUGUCAAGCAAAGAGGCACUGAGUUUGAAGGUAGGCCUUGAAAUACAUCCACAGGUACACCUCCAAUUGACUCAAAUUAUGUUAAGUAGCCUAUCAGAAGCUUCUAAAGCAUGACAUCAUUUUCUGGAAUUUUCCAAGCUGUUUAAAGGCACAGUUAACUUAGUGUAUGUACACUUCUGACCCACUGGAAUUGUGAUACAGUGAAUUAUAAAUGAAAUAAUCUGUCUGUAAACAAUUGUUGGAAAAAUUACUUGUGUCAUGCACAAAGUUGAUGUCCUAACCGACUUGGCAAAACUAUAGUUUGUUAACAAGAAAUUUGUGGAGUGGUUGAAAACGAGUUUUAAUGACUCAAACCUAAGUGUAUGUAAACUUCCGACUUCAACUGUAUGUUGACGCUCAUCUGCCAGUCAAAUCUCCCCUUCAAAUUGAUCUCUGUCUCCGGCGGUUUAAAGGCCUUUUUCCCAUCCAUCACUUCCCAUCCAUCACCACAACCGUUAAUCACAACGUCUCUCUCAUUACAUGGCCAUAAGUAAGCCUUCAAAUGAGUGGAUUCAGCUAUUUCAGCCACACCCGUUGCUGACAGGUGUAUGAAAUCGAGCACACCGCCAUGCAAUCUCCAUAGACAAACAUUGUCAUUAGAAUGGCCCGUACUGAAGAGCUCAGUGACUUUCAACAUGGCAUCGUCAUAGGAUGCCACCUUUCCAACAAGUCAGUUCGUCAAAUUUCUGCCCUGCUAGAGCUGCCCCGGUCAACUGUAAGUGCUGUUAUUGUGAAGUGGAAACGCCUAGGAGCACCAACUGCUCAGGCACGAAGUGGUAGGCCACACAAGCUCACAGAACGGGACCGCCGAGUGCUGAAGCGCGUUAAAAUCGUCUGUCCUCGGUUGCAACACUAACUACUGAGUUCCAAACUGCCUCCGGAAGCAACGUCAGCACAAUAACUGUUAGUCGGGAGCUUCAUGAAAUGGGUUUUCAUGGCCGAGCAGCCGCACACAAGCCUAAGAUCACCGCCAUUGGACUCUGGAGCGGUGGAAACGCAUUCUCUGGAGUGAUGAAUCAUGCUUCACCAUCUGGCAGUCCGACGGACGAAUCUGGGUUUGGCGGAUACCAGGAGAACGCUACCUGCCCCAAUGCAUAGUGUCAACUGUAAAGUUUGGUGGAGGAGGAAUAAUGGUCUGGGGCUGUUUUAAAUGGUUCGGGCUAGGUCCCUUAGUUCCACUGAAGGAAAAUCUUAACGCUACAGCAUACAAUGACAUUCUAGAUGAUACUGUGCUUCCAACUUUGUGGCAACAGUUUGGGGAAGGCCCUUUCCUGUUUCAGCAUGACAAUGCCCCCGUGCACAAAGCGAGGUCCAUACAGAAAUGGUUUGUCGAGAUCGGUGUGGAAGAACUUGACUGGCCUGCACAGAGCCCUGACCUCAACCCAGGCCUAAUCGCCCAACAUCUGUGCCCGACCUCACUAAUGCUCUUGUGGCUAAAUGGAAGUAAGUCCCCGCAGCAAUGUUCCAUCAUCUAGUGGAAAGCCUUUCCAGAAGAGUGGAGGCUGUUAUAGAAGCAAAGGUGGGACCAACUAUAUAUUAAUGCCAUUUAUUGUACCUUGAGUGAGAUUUUGUUUUUUGUUCCGAGAAUAUCAAGCAAGUGAAUGUCUUAUGGUAGAGUCAAGUGUUUUUCCUGAGCAAAUGACCUGACCCAGAGUCUGUCAAAACUGUGGGACCUAAUUAUAUGGGUUUCUUGUUAUGUGGGUUCCUUAUCCCACAGAGACGGUGAGAGAGACUACGUCAGCCCAUCAGGCCCUGCUGGUUGCUAAGAACAUUGACAAGUUCCCCAGCAAUCAGGACCGUCUGGAGGAGGGCACUAUAGAUGUGUGGUGGAUUGUCCAUGAUGGAGGUCUUCUCAUGCUGCUGCCUUUCUUACUGCGCCAACACAAGGUACUAUGGCAGUGGCACCAUAUACCCAUGGGUACUGUUGCUUUGUAAAAAUGAAGUAAAAAAAUAAACUAGCAUUCUAAUGGAGGCCAGGUUUUCAAAGUUAAUUGCAGGGGGCCAUUAAACAAUUUCCACAACUGAUAUUGGACCUAAAGCACUAUAGCAUUUAGACCAGUUUCACAGACACACAUUGUUUCUUUCCUUCUAUCUACAGUGAGGGAAAAAAAAGUAUUUGAUCCCCUGCUGAUUUUGUACGUUUGCCCACUGACAAAGAAAUGAUCAGUCUAUAAUUUUAAUGGUAGGUUUAUUUGAACAGUGAGAGACAGAAUAACAACAACAAAAUCAAGAAAAACACAAAUGUUAUAAAUUGAUUUGCAUUUUAAUGAGGGAAAUAAGUAUUUGACCCCCUCUCAAUCAGAAAGAUUUCUGGCUCCCAGGUGUCUUUUAUACAGGUAAUGAGCUGAGAUUAGGAGCACACUCUUAAAGGGAGUGCUCCUAACCUGUAUAAAAGACACCUGUCCACAGAAGCAAUCAAUCAAUCAGAUUCCAAACUCUCCACCAUGGCCAAGACCAAAGAGCUCUCCAAGGAUGUCAGGGACAAGAUUGUAGACCUACACAAGGCUGGAAUGGGCUACAAGACCAUCGCCAAGCAGCUUGGUGAGAAGGUGACAAUAGUUGGUGCGAUUAUUCGCAAAUGGAAGAAACACAAAAGUACUGUCAAUCUCCUUCGGCCUGGGGCUUCAUGCAAGAUCUCACCUCGUGGAGUUGCAAUGAUCAUGAGAACGGUGAGGAAUCAGCCCAGAACUACACGGGAGGAUCUCAAGGCAGAUGGGACCAUAGUCACCAAGAAAACAAUUGGUAACACACUACGCCGUGAAGGACUGAAAUCCUGCAGCGCCCGCAAGGUCCCCCUGCUCAAGAAAGCACAUAUACAUGCCUGUCUGAAGUUUGCCAAUGAACAUCUGCAUGUUUCAGAGGAGAACUGGGUAAAAGUGUUGUGGUCAGAUGAGACCAAAAUCGAGCUCUUUGGCAUCAACUCAACUCGCCGUGUUUGGAGGAGGAGGAAUGCUGCCUAUGACCCCAAGAACACCAUCCCCACCGUCAAACAUGGAGGUGGAAACAUUAUGCUUUGGGGGUGUUUUUCUGCUAAGGGGACAGGACAAUUUCACCGCAUCAAAGGGACGAUGGACAGGGCCAUGUACCGUCAAAUCUUGGGUGAGAACCUCCUUCUCUCAACCAGGGCAUUGAAAAUGGGUCGUGGAUGGGUAUUCCAGCAUGACAAUGUCCCAAAACACACGGCCAAGGCAACAAAGGAGUGGCUCAAGAAGAAGCACAUUAAGGUCCUGGAGUGGCCUAGCCAGUCUCCAGACCUUAAUCCCAUAGAAAAUCUGUGGAGGGAGCUGAAGGUUUGAGUUGCCAAACGUCAGCCUCAACCCUAAUGACUUGGAGAAGAUGUGUGGGACAAAAUCCCUCCUGAGAUGUGUGCAAACCUGGUGGCCAACUACAAGAAACGUCUGACCUCUGAUUGCCAACAAGGGUUUUGCCACCAAGUACUAAGUCAUGUUUUGCAGAGGGGUCAAAUACUUAUUUCCCUCAUUAAAAUGCAAAUCAAUUUAUAACAUUUUUGACAUGCGUUUUUCUGGAUUUUUGUUGUUGUUAUUCUGUCUCUCACUGUUCAAAUAAACCUACCAUUAAAAUUAUAGACUGAUCAUUUCUUUGUCAGUGGGCAAACGUACAAAAUCAGCAGGGGAUCAAAUACUUGUUUCCCUCACUGCUAUCUCUCUUUUCCAUGUCCUCCUCUGUCCCAGGUGUGGAGGAAGUGUAAGAUGCGGAUCUUCACCGUGGCUCAGAUGGAUGACAACAGUAUUCAGAUGAAGAAGGACCUGCAGAUGUUCCUUUAUCACCUCCGUCUCAAUGCUGUAGUGGAGGUGGUGGAGAUGGUAAGCAGCUGUAGUCACACUUACUCAAUCAUACUUGUUAUAUUGGAUUAAUAAGAAACCAUUUGUCAGGGUUUUGCCCAAAAUAUUGUGCCAAAUUCUUCAUAUUGCUUUGUAUUUCUGUCCUCAGCACGAUAGUGACAUCGCAGCAUUCACCUAUGAGAAGACCCUGGUGAUGGAGCAGCGCUCUCAGAUGCUGAAACAGAUGCAGCUGUCCAGGAAUGAGAGGGAGAGAGAGGUAACGUGCUGCUUUACUCUGUCAGGUUCUGUUUAACCCGGUCAUUAUAACCAGGUGGUUCAGUAGUGGAUAAAGCAUAAUUUAUUUUGACAAGCAAACACAUAAUCACUGCUUUGAAUGUUAACUGUAGGUCUAUGCACUGUGUUUAAAACAAAGACAAAGAUUGCAGUUCACACACGGGACAGACUAUAUCUGUGGUCCUUCCUGUUACAGUAGUUCUUUACUUCCUUGUUGUGGGGGGCUCGUAAUAUUGGCUGACUGUUGUGACAUUUUGGCCUGUCCUGAUUUCCUGCUGCUGUGUUGGAUGUUCUGGGCUUGCAUUGGGUUGGGCUUCAGAUUCAGAGCAUCAGAGACGAGUCGCGUAACUCCAUCAAGAGGAAGAAGUCAUCAGUGGUGGAGACACUACAGGCCCCAAACACACUACAGGUCCCAAGCCUGUCCAUAUCCAGGGACAUGCGAGUGGAUGAGGAGGUAGCCAAGCAGCCAUGUGAUGUCCCAUAAACAUCCCAUAAGCAUCUCCCUCUCCCUCGCCACCCUCUAGUCUAGCUCAUACCUGUAUCUGACAUGGACAGAGCCACAGUUAUUAAAUACCAAAAAAAUUGCUGUGAUUUGGGAAUUUUGGGAAAUCUUAAGGAAUGACAGAGAUGUUCCAGUAGAAGCGUACUCCAAUUCUGUAUGUGUUUCUGGAAGCAGUGCUGGGAAGCAUUGCUCUGAAUGAAUUUGUCUGUGACAAAAUAAGUAUUAAAUGGAACUGAAUUAUAGGAUCUCUAUGGCUGUGGCCCUCUGUGUCAUUGUCACCGCAUUCCUCGAUCAACUUACCUGAGAGUUAUCGGCUUUGUAGCAGCUAUUAGACUUAGUUCUAAAAAGAUUGUUCUAAAAAUAUCUAAGAAUUUUGAGCAUUUUAGAGAACUGCCAACCCCAAACCUUUAACUAGAAAUGUAGUCCCAUUUUUCCUCAUCUUUCCCAUAUGUUUCAACUUCACUACAAUUUAUUUGCACUAUGUUUUUAUUAUUGUUUGCUGUAGUACACUUCAUUUUGUUUCUAUGUAAUGCAUUGUUUUUAUGUCACUUUGUUAUUUUCAUUUUGAAGCAUUGAAAUGUAUUUCAUGACUUUUCCAUGGAGGAGACAAAUGAAGUAAUGCAACAAUGAGAAUAUCAUCCAUAAUACAUUGUGGAUCUAUUGUUAGGAGUAACAUUAUCAUUCUUGUCGAAUAAUGCAAAACUAGGAUAAUCUCCAUUCUACAGUUGUGCCAGCCUCCUGAUCCUGUCUGAUGGGAGGCACCACUUUGUUUAGCAUCCUGCCUUGGUCUGUAGUGACACCAGUGUUAUUCCCCAGGCUCAGCUGAUCACUAAGCUGGGCACAAACUCCCACGCCAGCCUCAACGACAACGCUACCGCCACGCCCGACCACCGCGUCCACAUGACCUGGACCAAAGACAAGCUGAUCGCCGAGAGGAACCGUAACCGCGGCGAGCCCAACGUGGGCGUGAAGGACCUGUUCAAUAUGAAACCGUAGGUAUCUCCCCCUAGAGGCUCCAGGCUCACACUGCAGCACGCUGUUAGACCAGAAGUAGCCCUUUCAAACUCCUCAGUCUAACCGAGCCAUGCUGUUCUGUACUGGCCUUGUAAUGGUAGUGUGAAAUCCAUAGAUGCACCUGUCUACUGCACAUAUACUGAAUCAUAGCUACAGUAGCUACUGUUAUUUGAAAUAGUCUGUCAUGUACCAUUACUUGAACUAGUCUUUGUUCUUAGGAUGUUAUAUAGUGAAUAACCUGUCAUCAGUCUGUAAUCCAUCAUUGAUGCCCAGUUGUCCCUAUUUGUAUAUGAAAGAAUGUGAUUAACCUUUAUGUUUUGUUUCCUCCCUUCUAGCGAGUGGGAGAGUCUGUAAGUCAAGUUUCCCUUUGUCUCAACUGUGUGAUGGUGUGUUUCCCUUUGUCUCAACUGUGACAGUGUGUGCGUGCCUUCGUGUGUGUGUGAUCCUUUCCAUGUCAUGACCUUAUAGUUUUUAUUGGAGAAGCGAGGGUUGUCUUUCUUCACUUCUCUCCUCCUCGCAGUUGAUAUGCAUGGAAAGGAUAACGUUCUCUCUGCAUGCAUGACCUUGCCUAACUUGCCUAGACUGUUUGCUAUAAUCAUAAGUAUAUUAUAUACACUGCUCAAAAAAAUAAAGGGAACACUUAAACAACACAUCCUAGAUCUGAAUGAAUGAAAUAAUCUUAUUAAAUACUUUUUUCAUUACAUAGUUGAAUGUGCUGACAACAAAAUCACACUAAAAUUAUCAAUGGAAAUCAAAUGUAUCAACCCAUGGAGGUCUGGAUUUGGAGUCACCCUCAAAAUUAAAGUGGAAAACCACACUACAGGCUGAUCCAACUUUGAUGUAAUGUCCUUAAAACAAGUCAAAAUGAGGCUCAGUAGUGUGUGUGGCCUCCACGUGCCCGUAUGACCUCCCUACAACGCCUGGGCAUGCUCCUGAUGAGUUGGCGGAUGGUCUCCUCAGGGAUCUCCUCCCAGACCUGGACUAAAGCAUCCGCCAACUCCUGGACAGUCUGUGGUGCAACUUUUAAACCACUAGUAUACUCUGAACUGGACAACUGAGUGUCCACUUAGUCAGUAUCAUCUUACAGUAAUAUAGACUGUUGGUGGAUGGAGCGAGACAUGAUGUCCCAGAUGUGCUCAAUUGGAUUCAGGUCUGGGGAACGGGCGGGCCAGUCCAUAGCAUCAAUGCCUUCCUCUUGUAGGAACUGCUGUCACACUCCAGCCACAUGAGGUCUAGCAUUGUCUUGCAUUAGGAGGAACCCAGGGCCAACCGCACCAGCAUAUGGUCUCACAAGGGGUCUGAGGAUCUCAUCUCGGUACCUAAUGGCAGUCAGGCUACCUCUGGCGAGCACAUGGAGGGCUGUGCGGCCCCCCAAAGAAAUGCCACCCCACACCAUGACUGACCCACCGCCAAACCGGUCAUGCUGGAGGAUGUUGCAGGCAGCAGAACGUUCUCCACGGCGUCUCCAGACUCUGUCACGUGCUCAGUGUGAACCUGCUUUCAUCUGUGAAGAGCACAGGGCGCCAGUGGCGAAUUUGCCAAUCUUGGUGUUCUCUGGCAAAUGCCAAACGUCCUGCACGGUGUUGGGCUGUAAGCACAACCCCCACCUGUGGACGUCGGGCCCUCAUACCACCCUCAUGGAGUCUGUUUCUGACCGUUUGAGCAGACACAUGCACAUUUGUGGCCUGCUGGAGGUCAUUUUGCAGGGCUCUGGCAGUGCUCCUCCUUGCACAAAGGCGGAGGUAGCGGUCCUGCUGCUGGGUUGUUGCCCUCCUACGGCCUCCUCCACGUCUCCUGAUGUACUGGCCUGUCUCCUGGUAGCGCCUCCAUGCUCUGGACACUAUGCUGACAGACACAGCAAAUCUUCUUGCCACAGCUCGCAUUGAUGUGCCAUCCUGGAUGAGCUGCACUACCUGAGCCACUUGUGUGGGUUGUAGACUUCGUCUCAUGCUACCACUAGAGUGAAAGCACCACCAGCAUUCAAAAGUGACCAAAACAUCAACCAGGAAGCAUGGGAACUGAGAAGUGGUCUGUGGUCACAACCUGCAGAACCACUUCUUUAUUGGGGGUGUCUUGCUAAUUGCCUAUAAUUUCCACCUGUUGUCUAUUCCAUUUGCACAAUAGCAUGUGAAAUGUAUUGUCAAUCAGUGUUGCUUCCUAAGUGGACAGUUUGAUUUCACAGAAGUGUGAUUGACUUGGAGUUACAUUGUGUUGUUUAAGUGUUCCCUUUAUUUUUUUGAGCAGUGUAUAACAUAUAUACCUUGAUGUAUCAGUUAGUGAGGUGUGAUAUUGAUACUAAAGGCAAAUCAUCAACGUUCUAUCUAUACUGUAGCAUGUCUAUUGAGGCAUUCAAUAUACAAUGACUUAGCGUAGCUAAUUGGCUUACUGUCCAUUCUUGGUAAGCGUGUGAUUACAUUUGAGUCACUUAUCAUGACGCCGUUAAGUCACUUAUCAUGAAUGCUUAUGACGGGUGUGAUGUCAUGUUUAUAAUAGCAUCCUGUAGUAGGAUAUAAGGCAUAGUCUAAGGUUGUCUCAAAUGGCAACCUAUUCCCUAUAUAGUACACUACUUUUGACAGGGCCCAUAGGGCUCUGGCCAAAAGUAAUGCACUAUAAAAGGAAUAGGGUGCCAUUUGGGACACAGCCCAAGUAGCAGACAUGUAAGAAUUGUUAUUGUUUAGUUCAACCUGUACUCUCAUAGGAACCAGUCUAACGUGCGGAGGAUGCACACCGCAGUCAAGUUGAACGAGGUUGUGGUCAACAAGUCCCAAGGAGCUCAGCUGGUGCUGCUGAACAUGCCUGGACCGCCCAAAAGCAAGGGAGGAGACGAGAAUUGUAUCCUUUUUUUUUUAACCACUAGUAUACUCUGAACUGGACAACUGAGUGUCCACUUAGUCAGUAUCAUCUUACAGUAAUAUAGACUGACAUGGAUGGAAGCUAUACGUUACAUUGGACACCAUAAAGUAGUUUGGGGCAUCUCCAGCUGAAUGAAAUUCCAGACAAUUUUAGGUUAUUGCCCCCAUUUAUUUUUACUUUUGACAAUUCAAAUGAUUGUACCAUAGAUGCCAUUAGUACUCUUCCACAUCAAUUUCUAUAUCCAGACUGCAGUUGUUUCUCCUUGACCCCAUGGCCUGUAGACAUGGAGUUCCUGGAGGUUCUUAUGGAUGGGCUGGACCGGGUGCUGCUGGUGCGUGGAGGAGGCAGGGAGGUGAUCACCAUCUAUUCUUAG